AUGCUGGGCACGGUGAAGAUGGAAGGCCACGAAGCUCCGGACUGGAGCGGAUACUACAGCGAGGAGGUCUACUCCCCAAUGGCCAGCGGUGGGAUGGGUUCUGGUCUGGGGAUGGGCUCCAUGUCCGGCUACAUGUCAAGCACUGGGACCACGUCAGGUUCCUUCAACAUGUCCUAUAGCGGCACUGGUCUCAGCCCUGCCCCCGUAGGAGCAAUGGCGAGCUCUGCUCCGGCCAUGACGGGGCUGGGUGGGGGAGUGGCAUCGAUGGGCGGGGCCUUGAGCCCAUCCGGGAUGGGUUCGGUGUCGGCCCAGCAGGCCUCGAUGGGCCUAAACCCGUACGGCGCCAUGAGCCCCAGUAUGAGUCCCGGCAUGGCGUACGGUGGAGGUGGACUAAACCGAGCCCGGGACAACAAAGCGUUCAGACGGAGUUACCCACACGCCAAGCCGCCAUACUCCUACAUCUCCCUCAUCACCAUGGCGAUCCAGCAGGCGCCCAGUAAGAUGCUGACGCUAAGCGAAAUCUACCAGUGGAUCAUGGACCUGUUCCCAUACUACCGACAGAACCAGCAGCGUUGGCAGAACUCCAUUCGCCACUCGCUGUCCUUCAACGACUGCUUCGUGAAGGUGUCGCGCUCGCCAGACAAACCGGGGAAGGGCUCGUACUGGACCCUGCACCCGGACUCCGGGAACAUGUUUGAGAACGGCUGCUACCUGCGUCGCCAGAAGAGGUUCAAGUGCGAGAAGAAGAUGUCGGCCAAGUCAGACGGCAGGAAAGAGCAGGUGGGCAGCAGCGGAGGCGGGGCUGCGUCUCCCGCAGGGGAUGCUCUCAAAACUCCGGGACUCCUAGACUCCUCGCUGCCCUCCUCCAGCCAGGCUGCUUCGCCCCCCGGGCUGGACCUGCGGGGAGGCGUGGGCGGGCCAUCCGACCUGAAGGUGUCCAGUGCCCAGCUCCUUUCCUCGCUGUCACUGCCCCCCCACUCCAUGGCUCACGAGUCACAGCUCCAUAUCAAAGGAGACCCGCACUACUCCUUCAACCACCCGUUCUCCAUCAACAACCUGAUGUCGUCCUCGGAGCAGCAGCACAAACUGGACCUGAAGGCCUACGAGGCCCUGCAGUAUUCCUCCUACAACACCGGGGCGGGGUCCGGCCUCGGGGGGAGGACCAUGGAGCCGCUGGAGGCUUCCUACUACCAAGGGGUCUACCCCAGACCACUCCUCAACACCUCAUAG